UACCAUUUCUUUUGUGUUUAUUUGUUAGCGUUGUCAGUUUCCCCUCACUGUAAUCGGAUAUCCCCAUUUCAGAUGUAUUUUGAUAACAUGGAUUGGUGUAUGACAUAGCUAAGAGUCAGGCGACUCCACCCUUAUCAAAAUGAAUAAAGGGUGGUUGGAACUUGAGAGUGACCCGGGGUUAUUUACCCUGCUGGUCGAAGACUUUGGGGUGAAAGGUGUUCAGGUGGAAGAGAUCUACGAUCUCCAGAGCAAAUGCCAAAGCCCUGUGUAUGGCUUCAUCUUCCUGUUCAAGUGGAUUGAGGAGCGGCGCUCCAGGAGGAAAGUGUCCACUCUGGUGGACGAGACCUCGGUCAUCGACGAGGAGAUAGUCAAUGACAUGUUCUUUGCCCAUCAGCUUAUUCCAAACUCUUGUGCGACCCACGCGUUACUGAGCGUGCUCCUGAACUGCAGUGGGGUGGAGCUGGGUAUGACCCUCAGCAGGAUGAAGGCCUUCACCAAAGGCUUCAGUCCAGAGAGUAAAGGAUACGCUAUUGGAAAUGCACCUGAACUGGCCAGAGCUCACAACAGUCACGCAAGACCGGAGCCACGGCACCUUCCGGAGAAGCAGAACGGCAUCAGUGCGGUGAGGACCAUGGAGGCCUUCCACUUCGUCAGCUACGUGCCCAUCAAGGACAGGCUGUUUGAACUGGACGGGCUCAAAGCCUACCCCAUUGACCACGGUCCUUGGGGAGAGGAAGAAGAAUGGACUGACAAAGCACGGAGGGUCAUCAUGGAGAGGAUUGGACUAGCUACUGCAGGCGAGCCGUACCAUGAUAUCCGCUUCAACCUGAUGGCCGUGGUGCCUGACCGGCGCAUGAAGUACGAGUCCAAGCUGGAGCUGCUGAAGCGGAACAGGCAGAUGGUUCUAGAAGGCCUGCAGCAGGUCAGAAAGCUAAUGCGCUUAUCUCAGCCGGAUGCGGCCCACGACCGGAAGCCUCCGCAGGACUCGUCUCCAGAGGACACGCCCCCCACGGUGAAGAAGGAGCCCGGCACAGAGAUGGGGGCCGCUCACAACACUACGCCAUCAGAUUCUCCCGAGGGUGAAGGCUGGGCUGCUCCCAGUACUCCAGGUCGUGCUCGGGGUGCAGCUGUGAAGCCCACCAGUCUUCCUGUAGGGGGUGCUGCUGCUGCUGCUGCUGCUGUUCCUCUGGCCCCUGUGGGCAGCCCCAACCCCAUAGUGCAGCGCCUCCCUGCCUUCCUCGACAACCACAACUACGCCAAGUCACCCAUGCAGGAGGAGGAGGACCUUGCGGCAGGCAUGAGUCGCUCGCGGGUGGGAGGGGCUUCCCAGGCCUACUCGGAUGAUGAUGACUAUGAGGAUGAGGAGGAGGAGCCGGUUGCCACCACCACCACCACUUCCAGCAGGUUCCGGCGUAAGGCUGGCCUACGCUCGCGCGGCGGCAGUGGCACUCGGUCGGGAGGAGGAGGAGGCGGGGGAGGGGCAGUGGAGCUGAGCGUCCUGGCCGAGAAGCUGAAAAAGGAGGCGCAACGUAAGGACUCCUCGUCAAGCGGAGCCGCAGGGGGAGCCACAGCGUCGGGGACCAGCGGUGGCACCCCGGUGACGGUACGGACGGCGGAGGGCGGGCGCGUGAGCGUGACGGCGGCCGGGUCCCAGCCCUCGCCCACGCCGAGCAACGAGAGCACGGACACGGCCUCCGAGAUCGGCAGCGCCUUCAACUCUCCGCUGCGCUCGCCGGCGCGCUCCCAGGCGGCCACCAGGCCCUCCAGCCCCGUGGCGGCCCAGGUGACGCGCGCCCUCUUUGGGGACGAGGAGGCGGCCGCCCUGCUGCUGCGGCUCGACGCCCGGCACAACCGCGCCGUCCGCGAGCUGGGAGCCAACGUCAGCACGUCGCUCUUACAGCUGCAGGAGGACGGGGUCAUCUACGCACUACCUGCUGCAGACGCGUGUGCAGAGGGCCCCAAGCGAGCAGGAGCAGGAGCAGCAGGAGGAGCAGCGGAGAAGGGGCUGGAGAACAGCUCAGCCCCAUCUCAAGAGGAGGCCAAGGAAGGGAAGGAGGGAACGUCAGUGGAGGUGAAGAAAGAAGUGAAGAAAGAGGAGGAGGAGGAGGUGGAGGGUGCGGAGGCAGCAGAUGUGAAGCCAAGCAAAGACUCUCUGGCCUCCCCAGAGAACAGCAAGCCUGCGGGGGAAAAGUACUCUCCUAAAGAGCUGCUGGCCCUGCUGAAGUAUGUGGAGGCAGAGAUCGGUAACUAUGAGCAGUGUCUACGCGAAGAGGUGGAGAAGAGGAAGAAAUACAAGAUUGAUGACCAGCGGCGGACACACAACUAUGACGAGUUCAUCUGCACCUUCAUCACCAUGCUGGCACAGGAGGGCAUGCUGGCCAACCUGGUGGAGCAGAACAUCUCUGUUCGCCGGCGGCAGGGAGUGAGCAUUGGCCGACUCCACAAACAGAGGAAACCGGACCGCAGGAAACGAUCACGACCGUACAAAGCCAAGCGCCAGUGAAAGAAGAACAGCAUUCUGGCGGGACUGUAGAUGGGCACCCCUUACAGAUAUCUCUUUGAAACAUGGACCACGUGAUUCAACAGUCACAGAACCUGCAAGCAGUUUAACUAGAACUGCCUGCUGGCUCAACCCAACUAUGUUUGGCUUUAGAGCAAAAACCAACAACAGAACUUUUAGGAGGGAUCCUACUAAAUACUUUUUUAUUAAUGAACUGUUAUAUGACUAAAUCUGUGAAUGAUAUAAAGGACCACCAUCCGUUUAAGGCAAUAUUGCAGCAUUUCUGGAAAUAAUCUCAUUUUAUACCUCCCCUGGAGUUAAAUAAUUGAGUUGUCUUGUGUCUCCCGUACUUCCCGCCGUUCUCUUAGUCUGGCGAUGUUACCUCUAGUUCCAAGCUAGCCAUCAUCUUUGAAUGUUACCAGCUAUGACUUCAUUAUAUAUGCUAGGUUGCAGGUAGAAAUUGCACUCGCAGGCUCGCAGGUAGAAUUUGCGCUGAAUGGCUGGAAGUACAGGAGAGAGAUACAGCUCAAUCACUAAACUCCAGGGAAGGUGUAAAAUCAGCCCUUUCCCUAAGUGAUGCGAUAUCACUUUAAGCAGUGGGACAUGCAGACUGAUAUUUACCUACCCAUUUUUUAUUGUACAUGCAGGUGUCUGCACCUGUCUGCAGUACAUACAGGUGUCUGUAUCGUGACAGGUGUUCAUACUGCAUGACCUGUCUGUGCCAUUCAGGGCUGCGUUUCUCAAAAACUCCUAAGUA